AUGACGGGCACUAAAGCACCCAAGCCAGUGUUCCCCGCAGAGGCAGCAUCGCAAGAAUAUGCCGCGUCUUUGGAUGCCGCGGAUCCUCUGCGCGGGUUCCGCGAACAGUUCAUCAUUCCCUCCAAAGCGAACCUAGCAACAAAGAAGCUGGCGAAGCCAGAUCUUUCGUCAGAGCCAAGCACGUACUUCUGUGGUAAUUCCUUAGGCAUCCAGCCCAAGGCCGUGUCAAAGUACAUGGAGGCUCAGUUGGAUACUUGGUCAUCCAUCGGUGUCUGUGGGCAUUUUACUACCCUCGAGGAUUCUCCUUUGAGUCAGUGGCAAUUGCUGGCUGAGCAGGCAGCUGCUUCAAUGUCCCGUGUUGUUGGCGCGGCGCCUGAAGAGGUUGCAGCUAUGGGCACGUUGACCACGAACCUUCAUCUGCUGCUUGCAAGCUUUUAUAAGCCGACUGGGAACAAGAGCAAGAUCUUGAUGGACUGGAAAGCAUUCCCUAGUGAUCAUUAUGCAAUCGAAUCACACAUUGCCUGGCAUGAUCUCAGCGCAAAGGAGAACAUGGUUCUCAUUGGGCCAGAUGAGGGACAGUAUGAAAUCUCAACAGAGAAGAUUCUGUCGUAUAUUGAUGAGCAUGCCGACAGCGCAGCCAUGCUUCUUCUCCCCGGUAUUCAGUACUAUACCGGACAGCUUUUUGAUAUUCCCACAAUUACCAAGUAUGCCCAAUCCAAGAAUCUCGUCGUGGGAUGGGAUCUGGCGCACGCAUAUGGAAAUGUGGAGCUAAAAUUGCACGAUUGGAAUGUCGACUUCGCUGCCUGGUGCACGUAUAAAUAUGGCAAUGCUGGACCUGGAGCGAUGGGUGGUCUUUUUGUGCACGAGAAACAUGGUCAAGUGGAUUAUAGUGCUGGUUCUGAUGCUCCUAAGUUCCGCCAUCGCUUGACCGGGUGGUAUGGUGGUGACCGUUCAGUGAGGUUCAAGAUGGACAACAAGUUCAAACCUAUCCCGGGGGCUGGAGGUUUCCAAGUUUCCAACCCCUCGGUCAUCGAUUUGACUUGUCUUUGUGCCGCCUUGUCCGUGUUUGAUCAAACCUCCAUGGCGGACUUGCGUCAAAAGUCGUUGAAGUUGACAGCAUAUCUGGAGUUCUUGCUUCUGAAGGAUACCGACGAAGAGACCCGCCUGUUUGACAUUAUCACACCGUCAGAUCCACAUGCCCGAGGUGCGCAACUCAGCGUGUUGCUCAAGCCUGGCUUGCUGCAUAAAGUGUCUGAACGCCUCCAAGAUGCAGGUAUCAUUUGUGACAAGCGAGAGCCAGGUGUUGUCCGUGUAGCGCCGGUACCAUUAUAUAACACCUUCACGGAGGUGUUCAACUUUGUCAAAGAGUUUAAAGGCGCUUUGGCUUCUUGA